GCACUUCCCGCCUUCUCUGAUGCACAGACUGUACUCUCAACCGAGCAUCAAGACACGAAAGUCCUCAUACUCGGUGGAGGUAUGGCAGGCGUCAUCGCCGCGCGGACCCUUCACGAGCAGGGCAUCGACUUCAUAAUUGUCGAAGCCCGACACGAGCUUGGGGGAAGAUUAAUGAGCCAUACCUUCGGGGAGGGUCCAAACCAGUGGACGGUUGAGGUAGGCGCAAACUGGGUACAAGGUACGCAGACGGGCAACGGCCCUGCAAACCCCGUCUGGGAGCUCGCCAAGAAACACAACAUGUCCCUCUUGUCAAGCCACUAUUUCGGCAGUAUUUCAACGUAUGACGACUCGGGUCCCUACGACUUCCAAGACAUAUUCCGAAAGUCAAUUGAAGAUUUCCAACAUUUGACCGCCACAGCGGGUGCUCGGGUUCCGCAUCGGCUGGUCGACAUGACUGCCCGGGGCGGAUACGCGCUCUCGGGCGCGACCCCGACCUCACGAUACGCAAUGGCAUCGGAAUAUUACCAGUUCGACUGGGAGUUCGGCGCCACGCCGGAGGAGACGUCUUGGCUUGCUUCGUCUUGGGCGCACAACAAUACCUUCAAGACUUUCUCGCCCGAGAACCUGCUCUCCGUUGACCAGCGCGGAUUCAAGACGUUGAUACAGGCGGAAGCUGCAGAAUUCCUGAAGGAGGAUCAAAUCCGUCUGAACGCUACCGUGUCGACGGUGACCACAACAAGAAAUGGAGUGUCUGUGAUGCUAGCUGACGGCACGACAAUAUCGGCAAAUUACGCGCUCUGCACGUUCAGCCUUGGAGUGCUGCAGCACGACGAUGUCAAAUUCAUCCCUCCGCUGCCCGUAUGGAAGCAGGAGGCAAUUCAUAGCAUGGCGAUGGGUACAUACACGAAGAUCUUCUUGCAGUUUCCUGAGAAUUUCUGGUUCGAUACGGAGAUGGCACUCUACGCCGACCAUGAACGGGGCCGAUAUCCCGUCUGGCAGACGCUCGACCACGCAGCGUUCUUCCCUGGCUGUGGAAUCCUCUUUGUGACGGUCACCGGUACCUUCUCUCACCGCAUUGAGUCUAUGUCGGACGCGGCUGUGCAGGCUGAGAUCCUCACCGUGCUCGGGACCAUGUUCCCGAAUGUGACAAUACCUGAACCUCUCGACUUCUACUUCCAGCGCUGGCACAGCGACCCGCUCUUUCGGGGCUCCUAUUCGAACUGGCCCGCGAACUUCCUCAGUGAGCACCAGGGCAACUUGCGCGCAACCGUCGACGAUAGGUUGUGGUUCGCCGGCGAGGCAACAAGUAAGAAGUGGUUCGGAUACCUCCACGGAGCCUACGCGGAAGGAGAAGCCAUCGCGCUGGCACUCGUGAGGUGUAUCAAAGACGGCCUGUGCGGUGGGCUUGAGCACCGGGAGCGGGUUCGGAAUGCGCUUCCGUAUGAUAUCGAGUAGCACGGGACGAGGAGUUGGUGAUAUACUUGCCUACUAUGUGGUAUAUCAGUAAUGUCUGCAUCACAUCACUGUCCAUGAGAGACGCACUUGUAU